CUAACUUUGUAACAUACUUGGCUGAAGCAAAUUUGCGGAUUAAAGCGUUGGAUACGAACCCAAUGUUGAUUGUAUUGUCUGACGAUAGAAUUCAACAACAGUCAACCCGAUUCCUCCGACAGCACUAGAGAAUUUCAAUUGGCUUGAGCACGUGUGGGAGAUUAAUGCACGACGCAGUUCAUCACUGAGGGAUUCCCUGUCAGUGCACGCCUCUAGAGACAUCCAAAACGCACGACCAUCAUGGGCAUGGACCAGCAGGCCAACGUUGCUUUAAUCUAGACGCGCGGUUUAUAGUCGAUAGUUUGGUUUUGAUGCUUGUACCCUCCGUGGGAGCUUUAGCUUACUUGCCCGAUUUGGGCGUUUGGUUUGCUUAUCUCGAGAACGAGAGGCAAGCGAACCUUGUUACGCUACUGUCUGGGAAAUGUCUCUGAGGCGAGUCGUCGUCACGGGCAUAGGCGCCGUCACGCCCUUGGGCGUGGGAGCCCAGCGCUCUUGGCAGCGGUUACUCGCCGGGGCUUCUGGCAUCACGAGCGUCACGCACCUGGAGCCGCUUGACAGGUGGCAGGAGCUUCCCAGCACCGUUGCAGGCCUGGUGCCAACUGCUGCAGCUGCAGCUGCAGAUGCAAAUGCGAAUGCACCAACACCACAUGGAGGUGCAGGCGACGUAGAUGCCGGCAAGCCAUCGGGGUUGUGGCGUCCCUCGGACUGGCUCGACGCCACGGACCAGCGACGUAUGUCUAGGUUCGCCCAAUAUGCCGUGGCCUCGGCUGACAUGGCUCUUGAGGAUGCCCGGUGGAAGCCGGAGACGCCUCAUGAUCUGGAGGCGACUGGAGUUUGUUUGGGAAGUGGUAUUGGCAACCUUGAGGAAAUCUACAACACAGCACUGGCCCAUUAUAAAUAUGGUUACAAAAAAGUGUCACCCCUGUUCGCCCCCAAAAUUCUCAUCAACCUGGCGGCCGGUCACAUCGCGAUGCGCCAUGGGUUUCGUGGCCCGAACCAUGCCGCGACGACUGCAUGCACGACAGGUGCGCACUCGAUUGGUGACGCGGCACGCUUUAUCGCAUUCGGAGACGCCGACGUUAUGGUUGCGGGGGGCUCCGAGUCGUGCAUCCACCCGCUGACCUUUGCCGGCUUCGCGAGGUCCCGAUCGUUGUCGACUGCUUUCAAUGACAACCCCACCGUCAGCUGCAGGCCAUUCGACGAGAGCCGGGACGGCUUCGUGAUUGCCGAGGGUGCAGCUGUCGUAGUGCUCGAGGAGCUGGAACAUGCUCUGCGCAGGGGCGCGCGGAUCCUGGCCGAGCUGAGAGGAUAUGGAUGCAGUGGAGAUGCGCACCACAUGACGGCGCCGAGGGAAGACGGAUCGGGUGCUCUGACGGCCAUGAAGAGGGCUUUGAAGCAUGCUGCGGUCAAACCGGCUGAAGUCGACUACAUCAACGCCCACGCUACCGGUACUCGGUCAGGGGAUGCGGCCGAGGCCCUUGCCAUUCGAUCUCUUAUGCUAGGCGAGGAGGGGCUUGAAAGAGAGGAACAAGUUACUGUGAGCAGCACCAAAGGGUCGACCGGCCACUUGCUGGGUGCGGCUGGUGCAAUCGAGGCCGUUUUCACGGCACUGGCAGUUGCUGAGAACCGAGUACCGCCAACAAGGAAUCUCAUGAAUCCAGGGGUCGGACCCAACUUCAAUUUCGUGGCAAAUCAAGCGCAGGAGAGGACUGUCAACGUUGCAGUAUCAAACAGCUUUGGAUUUGGUGGCACGAAUGCUUCCCUGACGUGUCGAGCCUGCUUGGAGGCAGUUCCGCCAAAGCUCGGGCGACAAGUCCAGCGACAAGUCUUACAAUCCAGGUCCAGCAGCACAGCAAUAACAGCAACAUCAGGAGCCUGGAAAGCGAAGACAAGAUCAAGCCGAUCGACGCAGCACCAACAGCAAAGGUCGCUUCAUACCACAAACCCAUGUCGAGACGACAGCCCCGGCCUCCUCUACAAACUUAUCAAACGAGUUCCCGGCGUAUACAACCAAACAUAUCGAGUCUACAACUACGCAAAUACCCUGUACAAGUCCCUAUCCAAGCAGGCGCCGUACAAGAUAGACCCUAAUCAACGCAAGAAGGGUCUCGUGAAGAAGGCUGAGGAUGGGGAGGAGAUUGGCGAGGGGUCCUCCCCUUGGCAUACAGAGCUCGGUCUCCCUCCGACGUUCAGCACGUGGGCCCAGGUCACCAUGAUGCACAUGUACCUCGCCGUCGUCCGCUACCGCUGCCUGCCACAGGACGCCUUUGAGGGCUCGCAAAAGUCCCUGGUCGACGCCUUCUUCUACGAGGCCGAGGAGCGCAUGGACGUGCACCACGGCAUGAGCUCCCGGUCGCUCCGCCAGCACCACCUCAAGGAUCUCUUCGUCGCCUGGCGCGGCCUCAUGCUUGCCUACGACGAGGGCAUCGUCCGCGGCGACGCCGUCCUGGGCGCAGCCGUGUGGAGGAACCUGUUCAAGGGCGACGCCGACGUCGACGUCAGAAAGGUCGCCGCCGUCGUCAGCUACAUGCGCGCCUCACUCAGGAGGCUGGAUCAACUCAAGGACGAGGACGCCCUCCUCGGGAUGCAUAAGGCGUUCUGCACCGACAUCAAGGGCGAGUUGCAGUUUGUCGACGUCCCGGCCAGGGAGCUCGUCGGAGUCUUGCCCAAGGCUGGGGAGACGCAGAUCCCAGCCGAUGCCACGGGCACGGCGAACAAGGUUUAGCUUAUACGUGUUUCGUUGUCGUAUGCGUGUUUGGGGGUUGACUUUGAGGUCAUAGACAUGAUCUGAUCAUAAUGUAUUCCCACAAUCUUCCAGCACAUUCGAAUGGGGUGCUGUGUAUAUUUAUCUAGCUGUAACAGUAUUUGUACCUUUUGGGGGGGCUUUGUCGGUUUAUCAUGACCUCACCGUUAAGAAAUGGGUCAAUGUCAAGGCUAUGUAUCAAAAGAAAAAAUAAAAACUUUCCAAUGGGUGGGUUGGCUCAACCUCUUUUUGAGAGCUAUAUCAUGCACAAAAAUCCAAUCAAUCCAACCUCUCCCACAUCUGAAACUCAUACUGCGUCCCAUUCUCCUCCUGCACGCCCGCCGGGACCUCCUCGCCUACCCAGGCAUCGUGCUCCUCCUUGGACGCCCUCCUCCAACCGGACCCCUCGUCCAGCCGCAGCGCCACCGACGCAUCGCACUCGAAAUCAGACAUGACGCUCGUGAAGAGCACCCGACGCGUCUCGGGCAGGCCCAGGGCGGCGUCGUAGAUCUGCGCCCCGCCAACGACGAACACCUUGCCCAAGGCCUCGUGCUGCUCUCUGAGCUGGGCGAGGUAGGCCAGCGCCUCGGGCAGCGACCGCGCGUGGAUGGGCUCCCUGUCGUUUA